GGAGAUGAGGCCGGGACGCGAUGGGGAGUGUUUGGUUGGGGGGACUGGGGGGUGUCAGACCAGUCCUCGAAGGCUAAUCAGAGACGUAACUUGGACUAGAACCUUGUGUGGACCCCGUGUGUGGUUUCCCAGAAUGGCUCUUUUUCACGGGUGGCUUUAUGCUUUUCCCCAAAAGAAUGGAUGUCCAAGUCCCGAGUCAGGAUGGGGUUGUUUCCCUGCCAUUUAUCUAUUUUAAUUUAUUUACCUACCUGCGGUCCAAGACUUAUCCUUGGAGUAACUGAUCUGUGCGGUCACAGAAUGCUUGGUGUUCGUCAGCGUGUGUCCGUUCGCAGCAGCAGGCAAUAAGCAGCGUGUGCGUGCGUACAUGGGUACGGUGAAGUAGCCGAUUUUGGACAGAGAACCUCUUGGUCACAUAACCGAGGUACCCGGUGCUGGGUGAUGAUGUCACCGGUUCGGCUGGGUCCCUCGGGGGCGACGUUGCCGUGGCAAUCCGUGGCGUCUCCAUCCUUCCUGGCGAAGCACACCUCCUCAUCUUCAUCUUCCUCUUCCUGCUCCCCCCCAUUUUGCCCCCACCCCUGGAUAGUGCUGGAGCAUAUAGAUAUGUUCUGUUUGUUUACUGUUUUUUUACUACGUGAACCGCCGGCGACACCUCGUACUAUGUUUACUUAAUAUUUAACUCAUGGUUUCUUCUUAUUAAUCAAAGCUUUUUGAAAUAUUUUUUUUUCUGAGAACACAGUUUAUUUGAGAAUUUGAGCAGCAGAUUCCACCCCCCUCCGAUGAUCCCCUAAUAGUCAAGAAGUGGUCCAGGUGACACCUGUUAUUUGGAGAUCAGCGGCACUGGGACUCUGGGCCCAUCUGGAGAAGUGCCAUUGUGAGCAGUGCAGUGAUGGGACUCGAAAGAGGUGGGAGGGGCUUCUCGGGGACGGUGCGGUGACAAACGGCGGGGAGGGCUUCGGAUGAGCUGGUUCAAGCGAAAUGCAGGUCAGUGCACUGCUGGCUGAGUGGACGGCCCAGAGGAAUAGGGAAGUGGAGAGAGAGAGAGGGAGAGAGAGAGAGAGGGAGGGGCGGACGAUCAAAGCCCCAUGCGGUCCUCACCACGUUUGGGAGGACUUGACCGGCCAACAUUGUGUGCAAAUCCCUGCCUGGAUGCCGGCGCCGGGCUCGUUCCCUCACUGAGGGGCUGAACGGGGGAGUGCAGCCCGACCGCCUCGUCCGCCCUCAGCCUCCGCGCUCCGCCCCGGCUGAGCCCCCCGGGGAGAGGCUGCCCUGAACCGCCACCGGGGCGCCAACCGCCUGCAGGCCUGCACGGACCGGGUGCGGAACGUGCGGCGAUGAGAUCGGACGCGUGGAGAGGAGUUUUGCGAGAAGGACGGCGAGCGGGGGGGAAAGGCCAGCGGUGAAGACUGCUGGUCAUUGGGCGCUCGCUCGGACCCCCAUUCGGAGCGCGUCCCGUUUCGGCCCUUUGACCCGGCUCAUGUCCCGCUUUGCGUUCGGAGGGGCGCCAUGACCUCAGCUUGGAAUCUCUCUGCCUAGGAGCGGCCGGAGGGACGACUUUGGCUUCGGGUCGGGUCGGGUCAACGGCCAUGUGGGCGACGGGCCGGUCCGCGGCCGCCGUGCCCCCGUAUCCGGCACCGGCUGGCACGGAGUGGUCAUACGAGAGCCCGGUGGGCGUGGAUUGCAGCGCUCCUGAGCCGCGGUGCAUAUGGUUGGCGGUGUUGCGAGGGGUUUCCACCAGGGUGCCUAUGAUACCGUCCCGUGGCGGGAUGCCCAGGACCGACCGCUUCCCCCUGGCCCAAGGGCGGCGAGAUGGCGUCCCGUUUUCCAAUGAGAACGUUCGGCCGGCCAUGGGGGAGGGCGUGGCCUGGAGGGGUCCGCGUACCAUCGUCCUCCGCAAGAACGCGCAGGGCUUUGGCUUCACGCUGCGCCACUUCAUUGUGUACCCGCCAGAGUCCGCCUUGCACAUCGGCCCCAAGGAUGAAGAGAACGGGAACGGAACGGGAUGCCAGCGUGGAAAUCUGGAGCCCAUGGACACCAUCUUCGUCAAGAAUGUGAGAGAGAAAGGACCCGCCCAUCUGGCUGGUUUGUGUACAGGAGACCGGCUGGUGAAAGUUAAUGGCGAGAGCGUGCUGGGGAAGACCUACUCGCAGGUGAUCGCCCUCAUCCAGAACUGCGAGAGUGUCCUGGAGCUCUCCAUCAUGCCCAGAGAUGAAGACAUCCUGCAGCUGGCUUACUCCCAGGAUGCCUACCUGAAGGGCAAUGAGCCUUUCACAGGAGGAGCCCAGGAUCUUCCCGACCCGCCGCCCAUCUGCUACCCCCGCGGCAGGGUCCCGCCCCCCACGGGCCCCAUCCAGACGGAGAGUCGGAGCUCCUGGACGGUGGCGUCUCGCCACGCCUCCCCGCUGGACGGCCGGUCGGGCAGGGGCAGCCCGGCCCUCUGUAGCCCCGUCCACCGGGCGGAGGAGGUCCAGUACGACAUGACCCUAACCCAGCAGGCGGUGGGGCAGGCACGGGGCCACUCGUCUGCGUCGGCCUCCUCGUCGUCCUCCUCGCACGCCAGCCCUCUGCACACCCACUACGUUAACCACAGCCCCCCGCCGGCUCCCCAGCCUUCGCCCCGCAAGGGCAGUCAGCCGUGGGGCAGCCCACCCCAGCCCGGCGACAGCAGGAGCGAGCGCUGCCAGCAGGCCCUCGCAGACUGGUACUACAGUCAGGUGCCCGAACGGGGCGGCAGCUCCAUGCCCCCCAGGUACCGCAGCAUCUCGCAGGACCGCCUGGGGGUAGAGGUGGGGCAAACACCGAGCCGCCACUGGAUGGGUUGGCCCCACAGCGCUUCGCAGGACACCCUACUCCUGCAGUCGGGCCCGGGCCAGCACGCGGACCCCUACUGGGGUGGGGGGUGGGGCGCUCCGGGCGGUCGGUCCACCGGACGCGCCCGCUCCGAGAACCUGCUCGCCUCAAAGUACGACCGCAACGGGCGCUCACUGGAGACGCUGGACCGGGCGGUGGCGCUGGUCUCGCCUCGUUUUGAACGGCCCACCUGGCUGCAACAUCCCCGGCAGGUCCCGCCCAGGACAGAAGGCUACCAGAGGUCAGGGGCCCAUCACGGGGCCACGACGGCACCCCCUGCUGGUGGCCGCGGCCAGUUGCAGAAACAGCAGCAGCAGCCGGCGGCUCAACCGAGACGACUGCCCCUACAGACCAUGGACGACCAGCCUGUUGGUUACCGUAGUUACAGCCCUUCCUUUUAUCGCAAGGCGGGCCGCCUCAUGCAAGCCCAUUCCUUCAGGGACUCCUCCUACUCUGGUCCCCGCUUUACCUGGACCCCCACUCCCAAGACCAGCCCCCAGGAGGCCACUGCUCCCCCGGCCCCCUUGGCCACGCCCGACCCCCAGGACGGGGCACGCCGGCCCACCAACCACGAGAGGCCGGGAGAGGAGCCAGCACCCCGCUCCCAGGAGGUGGUGCUGCGGCAGAAGCCCCCCACCGGUCGGCGCGCACCCCACGCGCUGCGCCACCCCCACUACGGCCUGUCCGCGGAGGCGGCCGAAGCCCUGGGCUUCCCUGCCGAAGGCUCGAACGCCGCCGCCUCCGCCCCUCGCCUUGGCGACGCCCCCCGUCGGACCAACGGAGGCCUCGCGCCCCUGGCUCUGGAGGACGAUUCCCUCGCGUCCAUCCCAUUCAUUGAUGAACCAACGAGUCCCAGCGCCGACCUGCGUGCCCGCCACGUGCCCGCCUCUUCCGUGGUGUCCAGUGCCAUGAACUCCGCCCCUGCCGUCACCACCAGCCCCACCUCCCCCACCUUCACCUUCCCCCUUACCAGGCUCUUCUCACAUGACUGCAGCAGCAUCAAGUCAGGCCGGCGCUCCUCCUACUUGCUGGCCAUCACGACAGAGCGCUCCAAGUCCUGCGACGAGGGCCUCAACGCCUUCAGGGACGAGGGCCGUGUGUUCUCGAGACUGCCGAAAAGGGUGAAGAGCUUUUUCACAGACGGGUCCUUGGAGAGCCUGGGUCCAGCAGAGGAGGUCCGCUCCAAACGCCACUCUACCUCCGAGCUGGGCAGCAUCACCUUCAGCGAUGUGCGCAAGGAAGGGUGGCUGCACUACAAGCAGAUCCUCACGGAGAAGGGCAAGAAGCUGGGCAGCGGCAUGCGGCCGUGGAAGCGCGUGUUCUCCGUGCUGCGAUCCCACUCGCUCUUCCUGUACAAGGACAAGCGGGAGGCGGUGCUGCACGGGGCGGCGCUGGGGGGCGGGGCGGGCCCCGGCGAGGACGAGCAGCCCAUCAGCAUCCGCGGCUGCCUGGUGGACAUCGCCUACAGUGAGACGAAGCGCAAGCACGCGCUGCGCCUCACCACGCAGGACUUCUGCGAGUACCUGCUGCAGGCCGAGGACCGCGAGGACAUGCUGGCCUGGAUCAGGGUCAUCCGCGAGAACAGCAAGACCGACAGCGAGGAGCUGGGCUUCUCCGGCCAGGCGCUCAUCAGUAAGAAGCUCAACGACUACAGGAAACACAGCCCAACGGGCAGCAAGCCAGACUCGUCCCCCCGGGUGCCUCGCAUCAUACCGCCCUUCCUUAUGGCCAAAAUGGACAAUGUGACAGGGGCCCCCCGCUCCCCGAAGCCCGACGGGAAGGAUGAGAGCAGCCCCCCCAAAUCGCCAUGGGGCAUCAACAUCAUCAAGAAGUCCAAGAAGUCGGGGCCAAAAGCGUUCGGGGUGCGGCUGGAGGACUGCCAGCCGGCCGCCAAAAGCAAGUUCGUGCCUCUGGUGGUGGAGAUGUGCUGCGGCCUGGUGGAGCAGAUGGGCUUGGAGUACACGGGCAUCUACAGGGUGCCGGGCAACAACGCCCUGGUGUCCACCCUGCAGGAGCAGCUCAACAAGGGCAUGGACAUCAACCCGGCCGAGGAGAAGUGGCAGGACCUCAACGUGGUCAGCAGCCUGCUCAAGUCCUUCUUCCGGAAGCUGCCGGAGCCCCUCUUCACCGAUGACAAGUACAACGACUUCAUCGACGCCAACCGCAUGGAGAACCCCGGAGACCGCCUGAAAACCAUGCGGAAACUGGUCCACGACUUGCCGGACUAUUACUAUCACACCUUGAAGUUCCUGAUGGGCCACUUGAAGACCGUGGCUGACCACUCGGAGAAGAACAAGAUGGAGCCUCGAAACCUGGCCCUGGUGUUCGGGCCCACGUUGGUGCGCACCUCGGAGGACAACAUGACCGACAUGGUCACCCACAUGCCCGACCGCUACAAGAUUGUGGAGACCCUCAUCCAACACUAUGCGUGGUUCUUCAGCGAGGAGCUGGACAAGGACGAAAAGACACCCGUGGACAAAGAGGAUUUCCAGCCAAUCCCCAACAUCGACCACCUGCUGCCCAACAUCGGGAGGACGGGAGUGCUAGGGGAGGCCUCGGAUUCCACCAACAGUGACUCGACUAAAUCCAAGGGCUCCUGGGGCUCCAAACGGGACCUGAACGCCAAGGACUUGAUGUCCAUCGUGUCCGCCGUCACCCGCAAACGCAAAAAGCGUCCCAAGGCCCGCCUGCGGAGCAGCAGCACGGACGAGGACUCGGAGCACGAGCCCGUCAAGGCGAGCCAUCGCGGGGGAGGGGACACGGCCCCCAAGGCGGAGGGGGAGGAGGACGAGGAGGACGAAGAGGAGGAGGAGGAAGAGGUUGGAAAAGAGCCGGCGGAGGAGGAGAGGCACAAAGUGGAGGAGGAGGAGGAGGAGGAGGAGGAGUCGAGACCCAGAGGUGCCCUGGUGCAAGAGGACGGCGGCCUGGCGGAGAAAGCGGCUCUGUGGCGGGGUCCCGAGGACGCGCGCUCCAUCGUGUCGGGUUACUCGACGCUGUCCACCUUGGGCCGGGGCCACGCCUCCGAGGGCCGCGCCGACGAGGCCGACGACGAGCGCAGCGAGCUGGUGAGCGAGACGGACAACGAGAGCGGCUUCGCCUCGCGCUCUCUCACUCAGGAGAGGCCCAAGAAGGCGGCCCAGGCACGACACAGCUUCCUGUACACGCACUGCAAGGGCCCCGUCCCAGCCGCCGGCCCGGCCCGAAGCGAAGCUGCGCCCGCCCCCAAAGAGCCCCCCCAGAACCCAGACCCCGAGGAUCAGAGCGAUGGCGGGGCGCACUCCACCACGCCUUCUUCGUCGUCCUACUCGUCCUCCUCCGCCGCUCAAAGAGUGCACAGGGGGCCGUCCUUCAACUCCCACAAGCUCAUCCAGUGUGACACUCUGGCGCGCAAGAAGCUCAAGGCGGACAAGAACAAGGCGCGGCCCGCGAGCUCGGAGCCGCUGCCAGAGGAGGAGAGGACGCCGGAGGGGCCGGCGACGGAAGCGAUGGGGGCCGCCGGGUCCGAAGCGCUCGUCGGCAGCAGAAAGGAGAACCGGGGGCUUGGCCACGCCCCUCCGCCCGCCCUCGCUGCCCCAGAGGCGGCGUCCUUCUCUUUGCAGGGCUCGCUUGCUGACCAGGUGCGGGCGCGCCUCCUGGGCUCAGCCGACGACCUGCGCGGCGUGGGCCUUCGCAAGCCGCCGUCCCCGGAGACGCAGCGCCGCCGAAGGGCCUGGCGCCGGCACACCGUGGUGGUCGGUCUCGCCGUGUGCGGCGGGGACCAGGUGCCUGCCGAGCAGGGGCGGCACGAACCCGCAGCAUCAGCUGCUCGGCACACCUCCACGUCUACGUUGCACCAGUACCUGUAGUGAUCCCGUGUCCUCGCCACGAGGCUCGGCGGUGGCGGCGGCUGGCAGCAAGGAGCUCACUUCGUGCAACACGGCGCCUUCCGGUGAGGGGGAGGCCCGACCUGCUCCCAUCCAGUCCACACUGGGAUGAGCCCCGCGUGGCAGCGUUGCCAAAGACUGUAAGGACCGACCAAACCGAGACCGGCUGCGGCAGUGCUGACGGUAGGUGAGCCGAGAGUGCGUGGGCGAGCCUCCGGCAUUUGGACCAAACACCCCCGAGGGCGGCCAGGUGAGCGGCAUGCCAGGUUCCCAGGUUUCCUGGCGGUAGCUGACGCUGCGUCGCCAUGAUGAUCUACGCAGCUGGGGGAGAGGGUACAUUGCCACAUAAAGGAAGCCAACACGGGCUGCCAAUACACACACACAGACACACGAAAUGGACAGCGUGAGCAGAAGGAGGGAACUGGCGUAUUUAUGUUCUUAUGAUCCUUCCAUGGUGUGAGGGACCCCCCAAGUCUUAUGUUUUUCAGUUAUGGCCUUUUAUUCCCUUCUCUUUCCAAAUUUGAUUGACUCGACUGCAGAAAGCGGUAUGAUGGACUUUUAACUUUGUUUUUUACCCCGGAACGUUCUGUAUUCUAGAACUAUUGUCUAACCCCCCCAUUACAUAGUCCCCGGUG